UCCAAACAUGUUUCUGAAAAUUUAAACACCAAUAUACAACACCAUUAUCAAUGUAGACCAAAUUUGUUUUACUAGUCCGAUGGACUUGAAAACAUAUGACAUGUACUAGUACAUUUAUAAAAGUUGUACGACUUAUCCAGGUGGUAUUUGUUUCUCGUGAAAUCCGUUCUCUGUACACAAUCAACAUGCAGGUUGAAAGCCUCCACAAUCUCCAAGAUAAAAUUAGAAAUGAUGAACGUAAUCACUCACUGACCAAAAAAUAUUUAACUGAUGACAUUGUCAACAAAUAUCAGGCGACAAAAACGAGCUUGGGCGGGACUCUAGCUCAGUGUGUGAAUACAAAUGCUUAUAACCCUGGAGCUUUGUUGCCAAGAUCAUGCGAUUUAAAUGCAUAUGAAUCUUUCAGGGAUUUCUUUGACGCCGUGAUUGCAGAUUAUCAUAAGGUGGAAAAUGGCAAAAUACAACAUCCAAAGUCAGAUUUUGGUGACCUCAAGAGUCUAUCGUUUACGGAUCUAAAUGCUUAUGGCAAUUUAGUCGUAUCUACUAGAGUUCGCCUAGGUAGAACGGUUGAGGGGUUUGGUUUUGGCCCUACGUUAACCAAAGACACUCGAAUUGAGUUGGAAAAGAAGAUCUCAACUGCUCUACGUAACUUAUCAGGCGAAUACGAAGGGACGUAUUAUCCAUUGACAGGAAUGUCAGAGGAAGAUAGAAUCAAACUAGUGAACGAUCAUUUUCUUUUCAGAAACGAUGACAACGUUCUUAAAGAUGCUGGUGGAUACAUUGAUUGGCCAACAGGUCGCGGUAUAUUCAUAAAUAAACAAAAGAACUUUUUGGUCUGGAUUAACGAAGAGGAUCACAUUCGCGUCAUUUCAAUGCAAAAGGGUGGUGAUUUAAUCGCAGUUUACAAACGACUGGCCGGUGCAAUACAAGAACUGUCCAAAUCACUGAAAUUCGCAUUCAAUGAUCGUUUAGGGUUUAUCACAUUUUGUCCAUCUAAUUUGGGUACGACACUAAGAGCUAGUGUACAUGCAAAAAUCCCUAUGCUGGCUUCAUUACCGAAUUUCAAGGAAAUUUGUGAAAAGCAUGGUAUACAGCCUCGUGGCACUCAUGGAGAACACACUGAGUCAGUUGGUGGUAUUUACGAUUUGAGUAAUAAACGUCGCCUUGGUCUUACUGAGCUUGAUGCUGUUACUGAAAUGCAUUCCGGUGUUCGAGCUUUACUUGAACUUGAAGUUAUGUUACAAGAAUAUAACAAAAGUGCUCCAGACGGCGUUAUGCCAGUUGAACCAUUAACUUACCUGGCCAAACUGCUAGAAGGUGCUUCUAUCGAAAAGUGCUAUACUCGCAAAUAUUUGACACCAGAAAUAAUUAAAAAAUAUGAUGGAAAACGAACAACCCACGGUGCUACCCUAGCUCAUAUGAUACGCAAUGGUGCAUACAAUCAUCGUUCAAUAUGUCCACGAACCGGGGAAGCUGAAUGUUAUUCGACGUUCAUUGAUUACUUAGAUCCAUUGAUCUGUGAUUAUCACGGCGUGAAAGAUCCUGCAUUUAAACAUCCUGCGCCCACAUUUGGUGACUUGUCAAAGCUUCCAUUCGGUGACCUAGAUCCAGCUGGUAAAUACAUUGUCUCUACACGUGUCCGUGUUGGUCGUAGUGUUGAAGGCUUUUUAUUCCCAACAAUUAUGAGCAAAACUGAUCGUAUAAAAUUAGAGCAAGUUAUUUCCGGAGCACUGAAAGGACUUACUGGCGAACAUGCUGGGACUUACUAUCCAUUAACUGAUAUGAAAGAGGAAGAUAGAAAACAACUAGUUGAAGAUCAUUUCUUAUUUAAAAAUGAUGAUCCUGUUUUACGUGAUGCCGGUGGGUAUCGCGAUUGGCCUGUUGGACGUGGAAUUUUUCAUAACAAUUCAAAGACUUUCCUUGUAUGGGUUUGCGAAGAAGAUCACAUGAGAAUUAUAUCAAUGCAACAAGGCGGAGAUUUAGCUUCUGUUUAUAAGCGCUUAAUUGAAGGAAUUAAUGCUAUCGGAAAGAGUAUGAAGUUUGCACACAGUGAUAAAUAUGGUUACAUAACUUGCUGUCCAUCAAACUUAGGUACAUCAAUGCGUGCCAGUGUAUUAUUAAAGAUACCAAAACUUAGUUCUCAACCGAAAAAACUGGAUGAAAUUUGUGCAAAGUAUAUGCUUCAAGCUAGAGGUCUCUAUGGUGAACAUACAGAAUCCCCCGAUGGUACAUAUGAUAUUAGCAAUAAGCGCCGUCUUGGUUUAACUGAAUUACAAGCAGCUCAUGAAAUGGCAGAAGGUGUUGCUAAAAUGAUUGAAAUUGAAAAAGGACUAUAAUAUUCCUUUAAACAACGUCUUUUUUGGACAAAUCAGUAUAUACUACAAUUCCCUUACUCUACUCAUUUUUUCCCUUCUUUCCUUUCAUUUUUCAUGUACCCUUUUAUUGUUUAGAUGUUUAAUUAGUAGUUUUAAAAUCGAUGUAUUUUAUUCUAAAAAAUGUAAUGUAUUAGCUAUACAUUUCACUUUGGUUACUGUUAAUAAUACAUAAGUUAGUUGACAUAAUCAAA